CGCGCCUAUUGGGUGGUGUUGAAGAACGCUCACAUGGCCGUCGGCUCCUUGACGAUCAACGAGGAGAGGUCGGAGGUCAUCGACUUCUCCGUCCCGUUCAUCGAGACGGGCAUCAGCGUCAUGGUCUCCAGGAGCAACGGCACCGUGUCGCCCUCCGCCUUCUUAGAGCCCUUCAGUGCGGAUGUGUGGGUGAUGAUGUUCGUGAUGCUGUUGCUGGUGUCAGCAAUGGCUGUGUUUAUAUUCGAGUACUUCAGCCCCGUGGGCUACAACCACUGUCUGGCUGACGGCAGAG